UGCAAGCUAAUUAGACCAUGGACUCAUUUGUCUGUAAGUUCACCCGCAAUUUCUCUUCAUCCAUUUACGACGGGCUGGUCGAGGCAAGAGGGGAGAGCCUGCUGAAACUUAAUACUCCGACAAUCUUUCAAGCGCCAUUUUGUCUUCGAUUGUCGGUACAUCCUCGAGGCGGCAGCCAGAUUACCAUGACCGUGUCUGAUAAUCCCGCAAAAACGAGUAAUGGGGCUGCAACUCCUAUGACAGGAAGUAUGCCCCAGCCUAACGUGCCGAAGACACCGGAUAUGACAGAUACAAUGUGGCUCUCGCAAUUCGCAUAUCAUCAAGCCCCUGGUUCAACGAACGAACACACGGAGAGGGGGCGUGCGCCACCAGGUGACGUUAGGCCUAUAAAUGGCUUGCUACCUCCCUUUUCAAGUCAAGGUGUAUAUCUUCCUACGCCGCAGAGUCCUGGUAAUCUUGGCGCAUAUGGGCAGUCGAGUUCGCGCAACACUACUCCCAAAGGUCAAAUCUUGUUGGAGGACGUUCUGCCAACAGAUUUUAGAUCUACUUCGUAUCCUUCGGCUCCUUCCCCAACAUUCAGGCCCCAUAAAAUGAUCACACCUGAUUCCAGCCCACUUGUUAUUCGCUCUCGGGCAAACGGACCCCACGGGAAGAACGAUAAGAGAAGUCACUCGCCCCCUCGGAUUACAAGAAGAACGCCGCCCACAAGUUCCACUCCAGAACAUUCUCUCCGUCCUCGGAUGUCUCUUGCGCAAGAUAACGCAUUCAGUCUUACUACACACCAACCAGUAGAGGUCAAGAAUACCACCCCAAACAGAAAGCGUCCAGCAUCCCAAGCUUCAUCUACCGACUUCCUACCUCCGUCUAACAGCAUCUUUUCACCGCUUCCCGCAUCACAGGAACUUAGCGAAGAGGUCGGAGGGGAAAUGGCUCGGAUCCGUGCACAGCUGUUAGAGAAUCAGAUCACCCUCACGCGAGAAGCCGAGGCUCGGAGACCUGAUUACCUCAAGCGUGCCAAGCGCAUAGAGUCACCACCCCCUCUUGAUGUAGAUGGCAAAGAAGAACAGCGGGUCGCCGCAGCGAUCGGAGUAACGGAGAGUCCUAUCAAAGGCCGGCGGUUGAUGUUAUUUCAGGAAACCUCGGACGAAAGCUUUGAAGAAAGUCUGAUGGCAGGAGGGUACGAUCGCUAUCGAACCGACUUGCAGCAACCUGCGGAUCCUGGGGACCCUGAUCAUUCUGGAGACCCAGAACCCCUUCCUUUGGUCAAUGAGCAGGAGCUCCGCCAAAAGAACAGAUUGUCUGCAUUCCGGAGUUCCUCGCAAUUGUCUUCCUCGUGGUCACAGUUAACUCCAGUUGAGGUGGAGGGCCGUGGCAGAGUUUUGAUGAACAUCGGACCAUCUGAUCCGCCAAGUCCGAAUAAACUUAGCCCAUCGAAGAAGAAGCGUUCUCGGAAAAAGAAAAAGACGCCUUCGAUGGACGAGUUACAUGACGAGAGUACCUUCCCUUUGCAAUCGGAAGCCACUGGUGAUCUUCCAAACUGGCCGGAUGCCCAAUUUCCGUGGCGCUUGCGCACAGAGCAGUGCGACGAUUAUUCUAAAAUGGAGGAAGAACAACGCUUGCGGUACAUCGAAAACUUCCUUAGCCGGGAUUCGGAUGAUGAAGACCAUGAAGAGAAUUUGUUUCAGAAUCAAAUAGUGCGUCCUGGGUUCGGUACCGGCAGGGGCAAAAUGUACCCUCUUCUCGCUCACUCACAGAAUCGAGAGCGUGGUCCAGCCACGAUAUCCAUUAUUCCGAGCGACCCAGCUGAUGCCAGAACUGCAUUGCUAUCGAAGCGAUCAAUUAGACGCUUCUCGUUUCGACGAACACCACAUAAAUCCACCAACGAUGACAUAGACGAUGAAACUGUUUGUAUUUGUCGAGGCAGUGAUGAUGGCCGAGAGCUGGUCCAAUGCGAUGGAUGCCAUACUUGGUACCACCUACAAUGUAUUGGCAUUCGAAGUAUUGCAGAACUGGGCAGGGAGGAAGAUCCUUGGUUUUGUGGCAGUUGCGCCAAAACACCCCCUCCAGAUAUCCUGCCAUCAUCUGAGCCGACCUUCGUGCCAACUGAAGAGAAGCUGAGGCAUGACAAGAGCUACGAUCCACCCUUCUUUCACGCGGGCCUUAAUCCUUCGCCAGCGGCCCCAUGGAGCAGCUCUUCACGUCCACCCAUGACCCCACCUGGUCGUAGGGCAGGCCCUUAUUUUUCCUCUGGUUCGUCUUGGGAUGAAUCGUCUUCCCAGCCUGGUCCACAGACACCACAACACUCCUCUCGAAGUGUUCGUGUGUGCACAGCGACACCUGGUUGUGCUGAGCCGGUUAUGGCUGACGAAUCUCCAUUUGAUCCCACAUCCACCCCUUCACGCGGCAUCAGAUUUGGUGCUCCAUUUGCAACACCAAAGAAUAAUUUUUGGCAGGGACGCGGUUCUGAGCUAUUCAACACACCCACUAGACCUGGUGAGGGAAUGUCUAGCCGUCGUUUUGGUCAUCAUCCCGCGGGAGGUGCAGAAGAUGAUUCGCAUCUUCCGAUUACCCAUCUCAACUCUGGCCCUGUAAUUCAUGACAUCACACCAGUUGGUCAUAAUUUCACCCCUGUCGGGCGUCUCGCAGAAUCUCCACUAGCUGCGAAGAAUUUGCGACGUGGACCACCAGGCAGCGGACGGUUUCUGGACGUACAUAUUGACAGCGCGAGAGGAGGACGCCGUAGCUAAUGAUUUGCUUGGCCUUUCGUGAGAUACUGCUUUUUAACUUAAGCUGCUUUUGAGUUUUACCCUACUUGUCACACCCACCGUGUUUAUUUGAAACAAAUGAUACUUUAUGUAUGAACAGUCAUCAGACUUGGCUUACAUGUUUAGUCACUCACUUUGCAAUUUGUAUAAUUUAUUAUCACUCGUCGUUAGCACGGUCAGUCUUUUUUUUUUCGUGGAUAAAGGUACAAUUAUUCGGCCCAGGGGAGUGGC